UUGAGAUGAAGAGAUCUACAUAAUUAACGACGAAACCUACAAGAUACUCGAUCCAGUUUAUUCUCCACUAGAUAUUCUCUUCAAGAAAGCGCAAACCCUCGCAAAUACUUUUAACUUGCAGACGCUGCCCUUCCACAUACAUGAAUUACUCAUCGCAUUCUGUUUUUAUUCUACCAUAGAUAUCCAUGUAUCACAAAUUGCCUCAUCUCGACUCUUUCCAAGAACAUAUACAUCACUUUCCCGUCGCAACAAAAUCAAUUGGAACAUACAUUUUGUCUCGUUCGUUCAAUCCACAUUGAUAUGCAGAUUAGCCUUAUGGUUAAUUUGGACAGACGAGGAACGAUGGAACAUGGACUGGACAGGAAGGAUAUGGGGAUACACUGGGGCUCUUGGCCUCGUUCAAGCGUUUGCCAUGGGUUGUUUCUUGUGGGAUUUGAUGGCUAGUGUAGUCCAUUUUGAUAUCCUUGGAUGGGGCUUGUUGAUACAUGCGAUUUAUGCGAUUUUAGCAGUUGGCAUUGGUUUUAGACUAUUCGCAAAUUAUUAUGGCCAAAACUUCGUCCUAGAUGAGCUUUCUACUCCAUUUCUCAAUAUCCACUGGUUCUUUGAUAAACUCAAUAUGACAGGUUCUAAAGCACAACUUUACAAUGGCACAAUACUUCUAUCAACAUUCUUGUCAUGUCGUCUCGUUUGGGGUAUCUACCAACCUGCAAAAUUAUACCAAGAUGUAUGGAGGGCUUUCCAUACUCCCAAUAUAUCCGUUCCAGAAUUUAAGGGCCCCGGAGGUCUAGAAUGGGAUGUUUUCAGAUUUUCGAGAGGAUCUGAAGAGUUGACAUUACCGAUAUGGUUGGCUUGGGGAUAUUUGGGGACAAAUACCAUAUUGACACUCUUGAACAUUUAUUGGUUCAAACAGAUGAUCUCCGCUGUCUUGAGAAGAUUUCCGAAAAUUGAUGAAGUCACACAAUAGACAAGAAAGAGUAGGAUUUUAGGCACAUGGCCUGCCCGUCUUGAGCCUCUGUCAG